AUGAGCUCUCUGGCCGAUGUCAUUAAGGUGUUUGAUGUAAGUAGAAAAAUUUCAAUAGCUUUUCGUUUUAUUUUAUUUUAUUUAUUUAUUUUUUUUUUUUUUUUUUGGGGUGGUUACGCGUUCGUUCGUUCGUUUUUUCUUUCUUUCUUUCUUUCUUUCUUUCUUUCUUUCUUUCUUUCUCAGCCUUUUCUUCUUUCUUUCUUUCUCAGCAUUUUCUUCUUUCUUUCUUUCUUUCUCAGCAUUUUCUUCUUUCUUUCUUUCUUUCUUUCUUUCUUUCUUUCUUUCUUUCUUUCUUAUUUUUCUUUCUUUGUUGGGGAUUUUCCCAUUUUUUUCUUUCUUCUUUUCUUAGAAUUUUGUUUUCAUUCUUUCUUUCUUUCUUUCUUUCUUUCUUUCUCAGCAUUUUCUUCUUUCUUUCUUUCUUUCUUUCUUUCUUUCUUUCUCAGCAUUUUCUUCUUUCUUUCUUUCUUUCUUUCUUUCUUUCUGAGUAUUUCAUAUCUUUUCUUUCUUACUUUCUCAGUUUUUCUUUCUUUGUUGGGGAUUUUCCCAUUUUUUUUCUUUUUUCUUUUCUCAGAAUUUUGUUUUCAUUCUUUCUUUCUUUCUUUCUCAGCAUUUUCUUCUUUCUCAGCAUUUUCUUCUUUCUUUCUUUCUUUCUUUCUUUCUGAGUAUUUCAUAUCUUUUCUUUCUUACUUUCUCAAAUUUUGUUUUCAUUCUUUCUUUCUUUCUUUCUUUCUUUCUUUCUUUCUUUUAUUUUCGUUUCUUUCUUUCCCGGAAUUUUCUCAGUUUUUCUUUUUCGGAAAUUUUCCCUUCCUUUCUUUCUUUCUUUCUUUCUUUCUUUCUUUUAAUUUCGUUUCUUUCUUUCCCGGAAUUUUCUCAGUUAUUCUUUUUUUCUUUUUCGGGAAUUUUCCCUUUGUUUGUUUGUUUCUUCCUUCCUUCCUUUACUUCAUUGUUGUCCAUCUUUUUCUCUCACUUUCUAUCUUUCUUCCUUUUUUACUAUCUUUUUUUUUUUCUGUCCACACUUUCUUCGCUAACCACUUCAUUCUUUCUUUCUUUCUUUCUUUCUUUCUAAUAUAUGUCUUUCAUUUCUUCUUUUUUUAA